GAACGCCGCGCAGGGGGCGGGCGUUUUCACUCGUUCCGGUCCGUGCGGUGCUGUCGGCGCGGCCUGAGAGGGGGAGGUGGCUCUGGGAUCGGGAUCCGGGUCGGGAUCGGGGCCGGCACCGGGAUCGGGAUCCGGGUCGGGAUCAGGGCCGGCUCCCGAACCGGGACCAUGUUCCGCCGCAAGCUCUCGGCGCUCGACUACCACAACCCCGCCGGCUUCAACUGCAGGGAUGAAACAGAGUUCAGGAAUUUCAUUGUCUGGCUGGAGGACCAGAAAAUCAGACACUACAAGAUCGAGGACCGAGGCAAUCUGAGGAACAUCCACAGUGAGGACUGGCCCAAAUCCUUUGAGAAGUACAUGAAAGAUGUGAACUGUCCCUUCAAAAUACAGGAACGACAGGAAACUGUGGAUUGGCUGCUUGGCUUGGCUGUGAGGCUGGAGUAUGGAGAUAAUGCUGAUAAAUACAAGGAUUCCACCCCUGAUGGUGCUAAAAAUGCAGACAACACAGCAAAAAAUGCAGAGCCACUGAUUAACCUGGAUGUGAAUAAUCCUGAUUUCAAGGCUGGAGUGAUGGCUUUGGCUAAUCUGCUUCAGAUCCAGAGACAUGAUGAUUACUUGGUGAUGCUCAAGGCCAUUCGGAUUCUGGUUCAGGAGCGCCUGACACAGGAUGCCAUAGCCAAAGCCAGCCAGUCCAAAGAGGGUCUGCCUGUUGCUCUGGAAAAGCACAUUCUUGGAUUUGACACGGGAGAUGCUGUCAUCAACGAGGCUGCCCAGAUCCUGCGCCUGCUGCACAUCGAGGAGCUGCGCGAGCUGCAGACCAAGAUCAACGAGGCCAUCGUGGCUGUGCAGGCCAUCAUUGCUGACCCCAAGACUGACCACAGACUGGGCAAAGUGGGCAGGUGAAGGGGGGGAAAAGCUUCCAGUGCAAUUAGGAACAGCUCCACUCUGGCAUGCUGUUUGAAACGGGAUUCAUUUGCCUGUUUGGGAAAGAAAACAGGGAAUGGAAUUCUGACUUCUGAUGAAUUAUCAGAUUUUUCUUGAAAUAAAUGAAAUUGAGGGGAAAUUGA